AUGGGAAUCCAGAUGGUCGCGAUGAAGAAGGGUAGCUUCCAUGGGCAGCGCGAGGGAGAUGGCGAACGCGGGAAGCUCGGUGACCUGAACGGCGCGACGGAGAUGGUGACCAAGGCAAGUUCGGUGGACGGCGCGUGGGAGAUUUGCUUCAUAGAUGUGAGAAAGGGUUUUCUGAAAGGUCGUGAUAUAGUACAGUGUUUGAGAGAGCAUGGGGUCUCUGAAAAGCUCCCCGCUCGCGAACUUAAAAGUUCAAUUUUGUUUAGCGCCUCCUAA